AUGCCCGAUUUCAUCCCCUCCACCGCAUCGCCAUUCUCCCUCGCCGUUCCCCACCGCUGGCUCUGGCAGGCCGUCGACUGCCGCCACGGCCGCGCCCUCUUCCUGUCCAACCCCAAGUGCCCGUACACCAAGGAACUCCUCAUGUGGGAGCCAAUCACAGGUGCCCAGCAGCGCAUACCGGUGCCCGCAGCAUUCCAGAGUGGCCGCACAACCGCCGCCGUGUUCUGCACAGCGGAUGGCUGCGACCACUGCCACUGCCACGGAGGUCCCUUUUGCGUGGUCUUCGUCUUCUCCGUCGACGACGAAGAAAUACGCGAAGGCGCCGUCGAGCAGGAGUAUGUCACGUCGGCGUGCGUAUACUCGUCGGACACUGGCGCCUGGGGCGAGCCGACCUUGAUGCAUGGCGAGUGUUACAUGUCCUUCACAUAUUAUUCGAGUGUGCUUGUUGGGAAGUCUCUGCUCUACUUCUUGUCCGAUGGUGGGUUGGUCCUGGAGUAUGACUUGGCAAGGCACAGGCUGAUUUGGUUCGACGUACCAUACUCCUGCAGCAUUAAGGAUAUAUUUGAUUGCAACCUCAUGCUGGCGGAGAACGGUGGACUGGGACUCGUCGAAGAAUUGAAUCCGCAUCUGCAGUUGUGGUCAAGAGAGGCCGAUGCCCGAUGGGUACCGGGCCGGAUCAUCUACUUGGGAAGUUUGUCCCUAAACGGCGCUCCGGUGGAAGAAGUCCAUGUGGUGGGCUUUGCCGAGGGAGCAAACAUCAUUGUUGUAACCACAUCUGCUCAAUCCAAGUACAAUCAGGGCAUGCAAACAAGGUGUGUGAUGAGGCCAAAGUGUGUGAUUAUUUUGGCUAUGGUAAUAUGA